AUUUAUUGCUGGUGUCUAUGGAAAGUGUUUUAAAAGUUUAGGUUUAAAAAGUAAUUGUAGCGAAAGCCUUAAUAUGUCGUUAAAUAUCGCACCAUCCAAGAAAUCUGAGCAAUUCUUCAGCGGCAAGAUGGCUGAGGCUGUGAAAGUGAUCGUGAGAUGCCGACCUUUGAACCAGAGGGAAAUCAAACUAAACUGCAAUGUUUGUCUUGAAAUGGUUGAAGAACGAGGUUUCUGCUGCAUUAGGAAACCUGGAAGUCAAGCUGAUCAAGCUCCUAAACAAUUCACGUUUGAUGGGGCUUACUAUACGUCAUCCACCACUGAGCAAAUAUAUAAUGACAUCGCGUACCCACUUGUAGAGGGUGUAGUGGAAGGAUAUAACGGCACAGUAUUCGCAUACGGACAAACAGGUUGUGGAAUCUUCAGCAUGCAGGGUGUUGAUGAUCCUGUCACACAACGAGGAAUCAUCCCACGAGCUUUCCAACAUAUCUUUGAAAGCAUAUCUGUUGCUGAAAAUACCAAGUAUUUGGUUCAUGCGUCGUAUCUUGAAAUUUACAACGAAGAAGUUCGAGAUUUGCUUAGUAAACAAAUCAAGGAUAAAUUGGAGUUGAAAGAACACCCUGACAGAGGAGUGUAUGUCAAAGAUUUGCUCAAACAACCUGUUAGCAACGUGGCUGAGUGCGAACAAAUAAUGGCGUUCGGUUGGAAAAAUCGCUCGGUUGGAGCGACGCUAAUGAACGCUGAUUCCUCGCGCUCACAUUCAAUAUUUACCAUUUACUUGGAGGCCUGUGAUACAGGUAUUGACGGUGGGGAUCAUAUAAGGGCAGGGAAACUUAACCUGGUUGACUUGGCUGGCAGUGAAAGGCAAUCAAAGACGGGAUCAACUGGGGAAAGAUUAAAAGAAGCCACAAAGAUUAAUCUCUCACUAUCAGCACUCGGCAAUGUAAUAUCUGCACUGGUUGAUGGGAAAUCAAAACACAUCCCGUAUCGUGAUUCGAAACUUACUCGACUCUUACAAGAUUCACUUGGUGGAAACACAAAGACAUUGAUGGUCGCAUGUUUGUCACCAGCUGAUAAUAAUUAUGAUGAAACAUUGAGCACGUUGAGAUAUGCAAAUCGUGCAAAGAACAUCAAGAACAAACCUCAUAUUAAUGAAGAUCCUAAAGAUGCUUUACUUCGGGAGUAUCAGGAAGAAAUUAAGAAGUUGCGAGGUUUACUCGUUGGUCAGCUCGGUCCUGAUGGCAUAAAAGCUUUACUCGAGGGGCAAUCCCCUGUUCCGAAACCAAAACAGGAAUCUGAAACAUCUGAGAAAAAAUCAUCAACAGGCGACCAAGAUUCGGAUAAAAUGAAGAAGGUAGGUUUUUGUUAACUUGAUUUUUAUUUAAU